CCGGAAGUGGCUCCGGUGGUUCUCCCUCUGUUUUGUGACAGAUAGAAGCUCCAGAGAAGAAGCUGAGGAGUUGUGAAACUUCGGUCCGGCUGGUGAGACCAGGACCGGGCGGGCUGAUCGGGAGAACCCGGGGCUGAACCAUGGGCCUGCUGGCGAGGGUGCGGAAGGAAUGGUUCAUCAUCGGGAUCGUGCUGGUCAUCUUAUCGGCCAAACUGCAGCCCAGCGUCGGUGUCAGAGGAGGUCCGUUAAAGCCAGAGAUCACCAUCGCGUAUGUCGCCGUCUCGCUCAUUUUCUUCAACAGCGGCCUGUCACUGAAAACAGAGGAGUUGACAAGUGCACUGCUUCACGUUCGGCUCCACCUCUUCGUGCAGUCCUUCACGCUCAUCUUCUUCCCGCUGGUCAUCUGGCUGCUGCUCAAAGUGCUCGCACUCACCGCCAUCGACCAAUGGCUGCUCAGAGGGUUACAAACCGUGAGCUGCAUGCCCCCUCCGGUCUCGUCAGCUGUUAUUCUCACCAAGGCUGUCGGAGGCAACGAGGCUGCUGCCAUCUUCAACUCAGCGUUCGGCAGCUUCCUGGGAAUCAUCGUGACUCCAGUGCUGCUGCUGCUGUUUCUCGGCUCAUCGUCCUCCGUUCCCUUCUCCUCCAUCUUCUCUCAGCUCUUCAUGACCGUGGUGGUUCCUCUGAUCCUGGGUCAGGUGUGUCGUAGUUUCCUCAGGGAGUAUCUGGAGCGGCGGAAGCUUCCGUUCGGCACCGUCAGCAGCGCCGUCCUGCUCAUGAUCAUCUACACCACCUUCUGUGACACCUUCAGUAACCCCAACAUCGAGCUGGACCCCACCAGCCUGCUGAUAGUCGUCCUCAUCAUUUUCUCCAUCCAGCUCAGCUUCAUGCUGCUCACGUUUGCCUUCUCCACCAGGUCAGGAUCAGGAUUCAGCCCUGCAGACACUGUCGCCAUCAUGUUCUGCUCCACACACAAGUCUCUCACUCUGGGUAUCCCCAUGUUAAAGAUCGUGUUUGAGGGCUACGAGCAUCUCUCUCUGAUCUCAGUCCCUCUGUUGAUCUACCAUCCGGCUCAGAUCCUGCUCGGCUCCGUCCUCGUACCGACCAUCCGCAGCUGGAUGACCAGUCGGCAGAAGGCGGUGAAACUGUCGACUCUUCAGCCCAUCUGACGAGGAGGAGACGAGCGUUUUGGUGCACAAGUGUGCACAAGCGGAAGAAUACAGUAGUAUGUGCCUUAUUACAAACAACAGAGACCUCAGCGCCUUGGACGGAGUGAGGCGCACCAGUCGCCUUGAUAUUCUCAGUUUCUACGACAACGAAAAGCUCAUAUUUCCAUCAUAUAUAUUCCUUUAUAUUUAAAAGAAUCCACAAGAUUUAUUUUUAUAUAAAAUACCCAAAAAUUCCUGCAUAAAGAGGACAGCUGUUUUCCUUAAAGACAAAUGGAGUGUUUGGUUUGAAAAACGGCACCUCGCGGCAGGAACAUGAAGGAAAGAGUUACUGGGACCAUUCUUUUUUAUGUUUCUUGCAAUUUUCUACUUUUUUUCUACUCUACUUUUAUCCGAGCUGUCACUGCCAGAAAAUGUGGACACUUGUCACAUUUAUGUUGUUGACUGAAACGAAAUAAUGCUGGAUUGUCUGAAAUUGAAUAUACAGUUUAAUAAUGAGGGUUGUUUUUCUGUCACUUUCUAAAAUAACACUUGUGUUUGUUGACAAGAAGCAGUCCUGUGGUGAUGAUCUUUCCAAAUGAUCAAGUGUUGACAUGAACAGGAGGUAGGGAGUCCAAUUUAACACGCAGAGUAUCACUUUAUCUUUCGUGUACCUCUUAUUUACAUCUUUUUCUUACAUUAUUCAAACAUUUAUCUGUUUUUGAUGUUUGUCUUGAACAAACUACGGUCCACAUCGUUAGCUGUACACCUCAUAUUCUGACCCAAUACGUGGUCCACAAGGACGUUUUCAGCUUGGACCAGAGCAUGUGAGCGGAGCGGGGAGCGGAAGGAUUUUGUGUUGAGCGAGGAGCCGCUAUUUUUUUUUAAAAAGUGGAGUGGAGCCUUAUCUCUCACUCCAAUUUCGCUCUGGUCACUCAUGCCCCACCCAGAAUGCAUUUUUGCACCUGCGCACACCCACACUAUUUUCUUUCAAAACUAUUGAGUUUACUGUGUACUUCAGAAAAGAAACUGAGAAGAGAAGCAGCGGUACCUUGAAGAACGGUCCCUAACUGCGGGGAGAGGCGAGAGGGCUUCCCCGGAGGUCGGCCGCUUAACCUGGUCCGUCUCCUCUACGCUUUGACUUAUUUCCACCCUGCCAGCGGUACCGUGUAGAACGGCCCCUAACUGCGGGGAGAGGGCUUCCCCGGAGAAUCUACCAAGCUCAUGUUUUAUUUGUGAAUAGAAGAUUACAGGUUAGGGUACUACGACACAGUUUUUUUGAGCGGAGUGGUGAGCAAGUGGAGCGGGAUAAAAUUUAUGAUGGAGCGGAGCGAAGAAUGCGCAGAACCAAGCGGAGCGGACGAGCAGCGCAAAGUGACAGGUCUGUCAGCGAGGAGCGGAAAUUUUCACCCGCUCCGCUCCGCUCACAUGCUCUGGCUUGGACCAAUAAGGAGGCAGGAGUGUACUGAUGAUUUCUAACGGUCCACAAGUACAUCUGUAUGUAGAUGACACCCUAUUCUAUGUGAGUGAUAUAAUGAUAUCGAGAGUCGUAUCAAUUUGCCAAUAUCAUAUUGAUCACCAACCAAAAUCUCUGACUGUUCAUCAUGACCAUGGAAGCAUGCUGAUGUCUAGCAGGUAUAACCAUGGUCACAGCUUUUGUAAUAUUCACUAAUUUGAGCUAAACAAAAAGUAAAGCUCAGGCUGUUGGGAAUGUCGUUAAAAAAAAAAAAAAAAAAGCAAUACUAAUAAGAGUUUGACCUGACAGUGGCACUAAAUUAAAAGUCAGAGGAUCACCAAAGUUACUACAACUGACUCUUCGCUAAGUCCCGCCCCUCAAAUACAGACUUGCCAAUCUUAAUGUAGCAUCAGGCCGGCUCAGACCAGGGUCCGACAACAACACAGCUGUGCUCCAUUGACUCUAAUGCAGUCGUUUCAGGUUUCCUUCAUUUUCAGGCUGGUUUUGUGGAUGUGGAGCUAAAUGUUGUGCCUGGUGUACGUCGUGUAUUAAUGAUACUUGUUACCUGGAGAGGUUGGAAAAAAAUAUAAGUUUCUUCCCUGUUCCGAAAUCAAACCCUGAAAAGUGUAGGGUUAGCUAGCUAGCUACUGAAGAUAUAGCCUACUGAAUGUAUACAUGUACACUGGGUUUUAUCUUCUAACUGUCUUAACCUAUUUGACCUGUUCUCACUGCUGAGUCAGUUUGACAUCCUAGAUAUAUCCUUCAAACACAGACUGUAGACGCCUUUUCUCUGAAUUUGCUCUUUAAUUUUUCCAAAAAUAUAACAUUUCUUCAGUGAGUGCCGUUAGUUACAGUGUGGGCUCCAUGCUUACUCUGACAGCUUUACGGACCAUCACAAAGGGGCGGGGCUUAGCGAAGGGUCAAUUCAUCCUGAGGGGAACAUGAACCUGACACAUCACAAUUGAUCUAAUAGUUGUUGAGAUAUUGGGAACCAUGAAUGUUUGUGCAAAGUUAAUGUUGUCAGUGUUUAGGAACAUCAUGGUGUGGGUGAAUACUCACAUAUUCCGACUGGCCGCAGUGUCCAUUAAAACUAAUAAUGAAUACCAUCUAAGUAGUUCCCGUGAAACUGUACAUUCAUAAAUUAAUGCACUGGCUACAUAGUAUCUGUGCCUAAUAUGAGUAACCAUAGCAACAGGGAGGCAGUCAAAGCCUUUGUUUACACUUUCUUUUUCAACACUGUAUGUAGUCCUUCAGUGCCUCGUUCUCUGAGCACCACCAGAUGGAGACUGUAACACACAGAACUAUUCUGUUCACUACGUCAGGCUGCGGCCGACAGUAACGAAUCCCGAUCAUUGACAAUGCCAUGGCUGGAUAGCUAGCUCAUCAGUCGUACACAAUUUUAUUGACUUUGUAUCUUGCUAGCAUCAUGUUAGCCUUCUGGCUUUCUGGUUCAGAGGGCUCUAUGUGCUAAGCAGACUAGAAAUAUCUCCUGUUGCCCAGUCGCAUCCAAGGUUCGUCCCAUUUACUUGAGAAGUCAAAAAUGUUUCCAUUGCAUAUGAACCUUAUGGGGCGGUGAUCCUAAGGUGUUACCAGGGAAACUGGGCCAUAGCUUAUGAAAAACUUUUGAUUUUUAUUGCAAAACACAUUCAAAUAUAAACAUUCUUAAAAAUAAAAAAAAUUCUUCAAGAAGUGGAUAGUGCCCUUUGAGAUGUCCUUAAUCACCGCUGCGUGUUGGAUGGUUCACACCUUCUCAUCGGCCAUUAAUUCCCGGUCGGGCAUUAUCCUUCAUGUUUUUCACAGGAUAAGUAAAAACUCUGACCCUUUUUUUCCCUUAGUGUGGAAUUAUGAGGUUCAGAUAGCUCUUUUUUCUGGCACUAGCACAGUGCGAGAUGCAUGUGGCUAUACAAGACUUCUCUAACCUUGACCAUAACCUCGUUUCCAGGGGCAGAUAUUCAAAAAUAUAGUAUUUUAACCACGCUGGCAUUGGACAAUAAAAAAACGUGACUGAACAUAAUCUUGAAGUUUGCACCCUCCAAUUUCAAUUGUUUUGAUGUCUGGCAAUAAGGUUGAUGUUUUCCUGACUAUACAACAUCCUCGUGGUGUUGGUAGGGGAGGCAACCCUUACUGGGACUUAUCAAAAUCUUCCCAGAUGUAGAUCUUGAACAUGAGAUGAUGAAAGACACCCGAAGCUUAUUGUUGUAUUCCCAGUAACCUGCUGGGCACCCAAGAGAAGCAAAAGGUUAUUUAUUGUAUUAAAAGGAACGUAUUCUUCAUGGAAACCUCCGUUAUCUAUCAGAGUGUUAACUUGACUGAGAAUUUCAGAUUUUUAUCAACAGACAGCGGACACUUUCAGUGUAGUUAGACGAGAUUUACGCAUCUCUAAAGGCCCAGACACACCAAACUGACUUCAGAGAACCAGCCGCGAUGAACGCCCUCUGCUGCGUCACCCUUGUCUUGGCCAAAAAGUUGCGCAAAAAAGCCGAUUAGUGCUGACGAGGGCCACCUCGCACACCGCAGCGGCAAGGGUCACCGACAGCCGACUGUCAUCUUGGUGUGUCAGGGCCUUAACAGACUAAAAUGAGACGCUGUUAAUAUGAAGGUCAUCGAAGCCUCAACAGCACAAAUGCCAUUUCAUUGGUCAUCCAGCAACAGUCAAAUUUACGGUCAGUCUAUGUUUACAGUGUGAUUGUUAUAAGUAUGUUUUGGAAAGAAAGACAUUGAGCAGGAUGUGUAUGAGUGUGUUCUUUCACUUGUUUAAAAUACAGAAAUAAACUUUGAAAAA